AUGGUUGCGGACGCUCUGCUCUACCACCCUGCCCUGGCGCACUACCUGCGCUUUGUCGCAACGACUGUCGGUCGGGAUAAACUCCUCCGUACCCUGCAGUACUUCUCUCGCUUCUACGCCUGGUACCUGUACCGCACCAACCGUCCCCAGUCAUCCAUCGAACCCUUCAACGCCAUCAAGAAGCAAUUUGGCACGACGCGAAAGAUCCUGCGUAUCGGAAAGUUCAUCGAGCAUCUCAAGGCGGCCGCCCUGGCCGCCGACAACAAGAGCCCCAUCGACCCUGUCCUGCGUUAUCUCGCCGUUGGCCGCCAGCUCGGUUACGCCGGUUACCUAACCCUCGACACCAUCACCGUCGUUGACGCCAUCGGUGUCCGCAAGCUCGCCUCCGCCAAGCGGCUGCAGGAACACGCCUACCGCGCCUGGAUGUCCGGACUGGUCUGCAGCGCCAUCGCGGGUGUCUACACUAUUUGGAGACUCCAGGAGAAGGAGAAGACUAUUGACCGCAAGGAGGGUGAGGGUGUUGUUGAGGCAAAGAAGCUCGAGAAGGAGCGUGCGGCUGCUCGCAUUCAGCUCAUCUCCGAUAUGUGCGACUUGACUGUCCCUCUGUCUGCCCUUGGUGUGUCCGCUCUCGACGAUGGUCUCGUCGGUAUCGCCGGUACGGUCAGCAGUUUGAUCGGUGUCUGGUCCCAGUGGCGCAAGACGGCCUAA